AUGAAGACAAAUGACGCCACAUUGGCAUCAGAUUACUCCCCCAAUGCUGCUGCUCGCGUAACAACAACAACAACGAAUAAUAAUGCAGAGAGCGUCGAUGGCAGAGAGGAGAACACGAAAUCAGCUGAAUCCCCUCUAUCAAAGAAUAACAAACCGCCAUUAAAUGGCGCUGGAAAUCGUCGUGCAAAAGUCAUAAAUAUUUUACCAAAUUAUAAAAAAGUGAAAAAGUUAAUUGGCCUAAAAUCAACGCCUCCCAGUCAUGCACCUGCAGGAGAUACGGCGCCCAGCAAUCAAGUGCCGGGACAAAAUGAACAAAAUCUAUUUAAUUUGCCGGUUGUGCAGGAGGUGGUAAAUACCGGCCAAGUGGAUGCAAACAGUGAUCAUAGCAGCAAUAAUGGAAAUAGUAAUGAUAGGUCUCCACCGUCGGAGACUAGUAAUUUAGAAUCUAGUGAAAAUAAUCUUAAUAAUGACAAUGUCAUUGUGUCAAAUACCGGUAAACAUGGUAAUUUGGGGGCGGUCGACGACCACGACGACGCAUUGGCGGAAGAACAAGGGCAGCAGCCGCAUAUGCCAAAUAUUGUGGCUGACAACCAGAACGACGAUAAUGAACACACAAAGCGUGUUGACAAUUCUGAUUUUAAUGAUAACAAUGCCGCCGCGGAUGCCUCAGCUGAUAAAACAGAAAGGGCCCUGUCAUCAUCCCGCGAUCGUGAUCAACAAUCUCCUACAGAUGUGUGUAUCUUGGUAUCUGUAGUCGAAGGUGUAGCUACAAGCACCCAGCCUUCGGGCAACACCAACUCGAAGUUGAGGAACCACAGGAGAAGAGCAAUCUCGACCCAGCCUUCAGAGACAGAAGGGAACUCAACUUCGAACUCUGAGUCUGAUCAUGAUAAUCAAACAAACAUAACCGUCUUGGAGAGCCGGAAGAGCGAAGAGGCUGAAAAGAUGGUAGAGGAG